AUGAAUGAGAUACAUGCCCACCACCCGCUGGAAAUGAUCACAAAGAGCGAUCCUUCUAACUGGCCAGCCGUCAUAGCCGACAGCAGCACAAGCAACCAGCCCCCAGCCCCCGAAGCAGCGCAUCCCUUAGGACCCCAGCUCCCGCUCUUCCGCCCCGAAUAUCCCGUCACGCCCGCCGUGCCCGCACGCCCCCGCCAGCCCGGCAAGCAAGCCAGCCCCCGCACGCGCGCCGCCAUCGUCUCAAAACACCAUCACGGCCAAACCUUCGCGCGCAUCGGGCGCGACCUACACCCCAGCGCCAGCGCCCGCCCCCGGACAGACCGCGAGACCGCACAAAACCCCAAAGACCAAGGGCUAGAACCAAGUCGGGAGAAUAUGGCGAGGCCGGAGAUCCUGCAGUCGCGGGCGAAGAAGGGGAAGCCCCGGGGGCUGACGGAGGAGGAGAAGGACCGGUUGGUGGCGGUGUCGAGGACGAGUUGUGAGGCGAAGAUGAUGUCGUUGGCGGAUUUGAGGACGGAGGCGGGGUUGGAGGGUGUGCCGUUAAGGAUGUGUUUUAAGGCGCUGAAGGAGAGGGGUAUUGGGCCGGUUGCGCCAAGGUAUGAGGGGAGCGAAGGGACAGCUGUGGAGGAGGGGGGUGUGAAGGUUGAGGUGAAGGAAGACCCUGAGGAAUGA